GUAGGCGAGUGGCCCACGUGUUUGGCCGCCAUGCCCGCUCUAUCCGCUUCCCUAUUGGUUGGGGCUCCCUCGGUGAAGGCGGGGCACUUCGGCUGCGUAGCAGAUCUUCCAGGCUCGGAGCUUCGGUAAUCAGUUCGGCCCCAUGGCGUCCCAGGGUCGUCGGCGGAGGCCGCCGCGGAGGCCCGUGACGGUGGUGCCGGGGGAGGCGGCCGAGACGGAUUCGGAGCUCUCAGCGUCCUCGUCGGAGGAGGAGGAGCUGUACCUGGGCCCCUCGGGCCCGACGCGCGGCCGCCCUACGGGGCUGCGGGUGGCCGGGGAGGCCGCGGAGACCGACUCGGACUCGGAGCCGAAGGCCGCGCCGGGGGACCUGCCUCCGCUCGUGGUGCAGCGGGAAAGGGCCGGGGAGACCUGGGGGACCGAGGAGACGCCGGCGCCAGCCCCCGCGCGCACGCUGCUGCAGCUCCGGCUGGCCGAGAGCCAGGCGCGGCUGGACCACGACGUGGCGGCCGCGGUGAGCGGCGUGUACCGCCGCGCCGGCCGCGAUGUGGCCGCCCUGGCCAGUAGACUUGCGGCCGCCCAGGCGGCAGGGUUGGCGGCCGCCCACAGCGUGCGCCUGGCGCGGGGAGACCUCUGCGCGCUGGCCGAGCGCCUGGACAUCGUGGCCGGCUGCCGCCUGCUACCCGACAUCCGCGGCGUGCCGGGGACUGAGCCUGAGCAAGAUCAGGGACCGCGAGCUUAGCCGUAACCCCGCCUGACUCUGCGCCCUGGGGGUGGUCCUUGGGGCCUCCGGGACCUGGCUGUGUAUCCUGUGUAGUCCCCUUCCCAUCUUGCUGUUUUGCCCCCAGGAUAACGCUCUGUGUGUGUAGAGGGGGCGGGUAAUAUUGUGCAGCCCCGCCCCACCUCUAGCCUAGGUUCCUCCCCACCCCGUCCUGUCCCCGUCGCUGCUCCCUGGUUCCGAGCCCGUCGCUGAGGCGUGGCUCCAGCCCUUGGGUAACCAGUCGCUCCUUGAUCUUUCUCCGUCCCGGGGUCUCACCUUGCUUCACCUUUUCUUGCGCUCUGCCUUUCUCGAGUUUGGUUUCUGCUCACAGGGCCUGGUCUUGCUUCUUUGCAUAGGAGCCCCAGAAUCUGGUGCAGGUUCCAUGGCAUCUUCCUUCACUCCCUUGUCUCUGCCUCUGGUCCUAGAACCAUUUUUA